AUGCCAAGAGUAAUUAAACGACUCCCGGAAGUUGAGGAUUUUGAGAGAUGUCAUCAUAGGCAAGUGUUGGUUAACGCGUUUCUCGAAAAAUCUAUGCAUUUAUUAAAUCCAAACCUACAAAUACCAAAUGGAUAUGCUACAAGAAUGAAUAAUAAACCUUCAACAACUUUGAAUAGUCAGACAAUGGCACAAAAAGAAAUUGAUUGCAUAAAACAAUUCGAAAGACAGCUUCCACCAGAAUAUCCAUGCAUUACAAUAUAUUUUUCUGAUAUGGAUUGUGAUCUAGAAAGGAAAUGUAUACUGUAUAUUGUAAAAAGAUGGCAUCGGGACGAUCCAUUCGUUAGUAUGUCACCAUUUUUGAAUGAAUUAGAAAGAGACUAUGGUGGAGGAUGGAAAUUUGAACGAGUUACUAAUCCAAUUAAAGUUGGCCGUAUAAGUACUUCAAUAAAGCCGAAAUCAACCUUUUGUUUUCGCUAUGAACCAGAUUGUUAUAUUUAUAAGUUUUAUAGGGAUGAAGAAAUUGAACGACAAAGGUUCAUUUGA